UCUUCACCCAUCAACUAACUCACCCUUCACUCACUCACCCACCACAACCCGCCGCAACAACUUCCCACCGCCCACCAACCCAAACCAAAUUCGCCAAAAAAAAAAAAAAGGAAAGCAGGGAGAAAGGGAAAAAAAUUAAAAAAUUCAACCGCCGCAAUGCAUCUCAUGUACACGAUGGACGAGAGCGGCAAGCGCAUCUACACGCUGAAGAAGGUGCUGCACGGCGAGGUGACCAAGUCGGCGCACCCGGCGCGCUUCUCGCCCGACGACAAGUGGUCGCGGCAGCGCGUCACCUUGAAGCGGCGCUUUGGGUUGUUGUUGACGCAGCAGAAGAACAAAGUCGCUGAGAACUCGGUGUAAAUCUACUCGACAUUCAUAUCGAUUACUUAACCAACUACAACAACGAUACCGAAAACGACAACAACAACAACUCCGCCGGCGAUGAUGAUGGUAGCAAUGAUGGUGAGGUGGUGGAGGACGUGAACCGGGCACCUGCGCCUACACCAGGUAUAUCAAAGGGAAGGACUCAUUGAGAAUUGGUCAGCAGAACUUUUGUUUUUGCAGACAUGCAUACAUCUGUCUUGAAUGAACGAAAGGCUUCCAUCCGGGACUGGCGUUAAUAGGCGUGAAGGGUUCGCAAAAUAAGAUAAAGAUAAAAGUCUGCAGAGAAUCAGAAUCAGAAUCAAUGUCAUAUUCAAAUACCAACAUCAACAAGACCCAUCCUCUAUCCUGUUGGACAUAUCCUGGUACCAAUACUUAACCGAUAGACUGAUAGCCGCCUUUGUAGCCUCGUUCCAUAAUAGCCAUGGUCAUGGAAAAGUAUUCAUAA